UGUCGCAAAAACAGUUCCCUGUACCAUCUUUGACAGAUGACAGUUUAGAAAAAUAUUUACCUUGUUCCUUGAAAUUUUUUCGUUAUCUUAUCAGUUGGGCCCCUGCAAACAAGGUAUUUUUCGUCACACCACCCACCCCCAAGCGUGAAAUAUGACAAUGGGCGAUGAAACACCGAUCACAUCGUUGGUACUUCCCGUGCUGAUACGCCCCAUCCUGUCUCAGCUUGAAAAACAGGACAUAUCGGCAUCCCAGACCCUCCGCUCUGCCCUCACCAAAGCCGAAGCCUCCUGUCCCGGCCUGACCCAUGACCUUGUCGUGGGUAUCAUGCGGAAAGGGGACCUCACGGUCAACUUGAACGAGAGUAUCCUGCGUUUGCAAGGCGCUGCCACGGAAUCGGAUGUUGUAGAGUACAGAUUAAACAGGUCUGAAGACGCCUUCCAGGAACUCAAUCGCAAAUCGGCGGCGCUUAAACGCAUCCUCAGUAGAAUCCCCGACGAGAUCAACGAUAGAAAAACGUUUCUCGAAACGAUCAAGGAAAUUGCAAGUGCCAUUAAAAGGUUACUAGACGCUGUAAAUGAAGUCAAUGGGUUCAUUCCCGGUACUACGGGAAAACAAGCGCUAGAACAGCGCAAAAGAGAGUUUGUCAAGUAUUCCAAACGCUUCAGCAACACGCUUAAAGAAUAUUUUAAACAAGGACUUGCCGACGCUGUUUUUAUUAGCGCACUCUACCUCAUACACCAAACUAAUAUGAUUAUUGCCACUGUUAAACAAAAGUGUGAAUAAUUUGUGAUUUUUUUUAAUUAAUUUAUUAGACAAGAGUAUUGUUAUGAAUGGGUUCAAGGCGGAGUUUCACAACUUGCUGUUGUUUUUUUUUUAAUUUAAUACAUACUUAUUUUCCACCAACUGUUGAGAGUAUUCCUGUAUAGAAACUAUUUUAGUGAAAAGUGCAAAUUGUCAGAUAUAUUAAAUUUAGAUAGCAUUAUGUAAUGAAACAUAUUAUUAAACGACUAUUUUAAGAA